UUCAUUUUUUUCUCAUUUAUAUUAUUUCUAAAUAUAUGUUUUUUUCUUUAGACGUGUUCCAUUAUGUCUCGUAAGCCUCUCACACAAAAGGAGCUUGAAAAAAUUGUGCAUGAUAUGUUCGAAGAACCUGAGGCAAAUGAUGAGGACUAUUUUCCUUCAAGUGAUAGCGAGUUUUCGGAAGAAGAAAUUGAGCAACAAGCUGAAGAAAGUGUUACAGAACAAGAAAAUACUUCAGACGAAUCAGAAGAAGAGGAAACAAAUGAAGAAUUUUUUAUUGGCAAAAAUAAAACUACACAAUGGCGAAAGACAACAUACCGUGCAAAAACAAAAACCAAAAGUAUAAACGUAGUAGCACAACGAAGUGGCUUGACUCAAAGAGCUCAUGGUAUUGAAAAUGAACUAAAUGCGCUUUCUCAAAUUAUCGAUAUGUCUAUGAUUGACAAUGUUUUGAGGUACACAAAUAUGUAUAUCGAUCGGCUAAGAGUUGACCAUCAAUAUUUAAUGUUUUUGUUUAGAAAAUCCAAAUAAAUUUUUUUCAAAUACUGUCAUUUAUCAUUUUUCAUAGCCUUACAAAAAUUCCUCAACAAUUUAUAUAAAAAAAACAUUAUUUAUAUGGUGACGUAAAAUUUACGACACGCGAAUGCUCAAGUUACAAAA